AUGGCGAGGAACAUAAGCACAACGGUUCCACCUCCAAGAGUGAGACGGUACAAACUCAAUUCCUAUGGUUUCCAUCCCUUUUACAUGGGCCUGGAAAAUGAUGGAAAUGCUCAUGGAGUCCUCUUGCUUACCAGUAAUGCAAUGGAUGUCACAUUCCAGCCAACCCCUGCUCUGACGUAUCGCACUAUUGGAGGAAUUCUGGACUUUUACAUGGUGUUGGGCCCAACGCCGGAGUUGGUUGUUCAGGAAUACACUGCACUGAUUGGACGACCGGUCAUGCCACCAUACUGGUCUUUGGGAUUCCAGUUAUGCCGUUAUGGAUACCAAAAUGACACCGAAGUCUCUGACCUCUAUGAGGCAAUGAAGGCAGCUCGGAUACCUUAUGAUGUACAGUAUACAGACAUUGAUUACAUGGAGCGGAAGUUAGACUUUACUCUCAGCCCAAACUUUGCAGGACUUCCUGCUCUGAUUAAUCGAAUAAAAGAAGAAGGAAUGAGAUUUAUCGCUAUUCUGGACCCACCUAUCUCUGGCAAUGAGACAAAUGCUUAUCCACCAUUCACAAGAGGUGUGCAGGAUGAUGUCUUCAUCAAGUGGCCUAACAGCCCUGAGAUUGUCUGGGCAAAGGUUUGGCCAGAUUAUCCUAAUGUAAUAGUUAAUGAGUCUGCAGAUUUAGAAACACAGAUCAAGCUGUACAGAGCUUAUGCAGCUUUCCCAGAUUUCUUCCGCAAUUCUACAGCACAGUGGUGGCAAAGGGAAAUAGUAGAAUUCCACACUAAUCCAAAUGAUCCAGCGAAGAGUGUAAAAUUUGAUGGCCUGUGGACUGACAUGAAUGAACCAGCAAGCUUUAUUAAUGGAGCAGUUGAUGGCUGCAGAGAACCACUUCUAAACAACCCACCUUAUAUGCCACCUUUGGCAGAAAAGGAAAAAGGGCUGGAUCUCGUGACCUUGUGCAUGGAAAGUCAACAGUUCCUGCCAGAUGGGACCCCUGUCAGGCACUAUGAUGUACAUAGUCUGUAUGGAUGGUCACAGGCACAACCGACCUACUUUGCUGUACGCAAUGCCACAGGGGAACGUGGAAUUGUUAUCACCCGAUCAACAUAUCCCUCUAGUGGACGAUGGGCAGGUCACUGGCUUGGUGAUAACUAUGCAAGAUGGGACCAGCUUGAAAAAUCUAUUAUUGGUAUAAUGGAGUUUGGCCUCUUUGGAAUAUCCUAUAUUGGAGCAGAUAUCUGUGGCUUCUUCAAUGAUACAACAUAUGAAAUGUGUGCCCGGUGGAUGCAGCUUGGAUCAUUUUACACUUAUUCUAGAAAUCAUAAUGUGAUAGGAACUCAGAGACAAGAUCCUGUUUCCUUUGAUGAAAAGUUUGAAAAUAUUUCCAGAGAUAUACUCAAUACAAGAUACACGCUAUUACCUUAUCUCUACACUUUAAUGCAUGAAUCCCAUGUUCUUGGUAGCACUGUAACACGUCCUCUGCUUUUCGAGUUUGUGGAAGACAAAAAUACGUGGGAUGUAUACAAACAGUUUUUGUGGGGCCCAGCACUGCUGAUUAGCCCUGUAUUGGAUGAAGGAGCUACAGAAGUGAAUGCUUAUAUACCCAGUACACGCUGGUAUGAUUAUUACACGGGAAAAUCUCUUGAAGUAAGGGGACAAUUCCAGACAUUGCCAGCACCUCUUGAGCAUAUCAAUCUUCAUAUCCGGGGCGGUUACAUCAUCCCCUGGCAAAAACCUGGUCUUAAUACCAAUCAAAGCCGACAAAACUUUAUGGGACUUACUGUUGCUUUGGAUGAUAACGAGGUCGCUCAAGGUCAGCUUUACUGGGAUGAUGGAGUAAGCAUUGACACAUAUGAAAAUGGUAAUUAUUUCUUAGCAACAUUUGCCACAAACAAGAGUGUUUUAGAAAUUACGAUUGUGCACAAUGGAUACACUGACCCAAACAAUUUAAAAUUUGAUGAAAUUAAAGUCUUGGGAGUUGACAGAGUCCCUUUAGCUGUUACAGUAAAACAAAAUGGUGUGACCGUUCCAUCUCUCCAUAGUGUCAGCUACAGUGCUACAGAAAAGCUGCUGCAUAUUACUGGGCUUCAGCUUGAACUAGGGAAACCCUACUCAGUGGACUGGUCUUCAGUGGUUGAAGACAAUGAAAAAUUUAACUGUUAUCCUGACUCAGGUGCAUCAGAGGAAAAUUGUACUGCUCGUGGCUGUAUCUGGGAGGUUGCCUCUAACUCCCUUGUACCAUCAUGUUACUACCCAAGUAGUUAUGGUAUUCUGUCAGUAACAUUCAAACACCGCUUCGGUCUUACUGCUGACCUCUCCAGAGAUCCUAGUAUCCCUGACCGCUAUGGGGAUCGUUCUUCCCCUAUUAACACACUUCGCUUGGAAGUGAAAUAUCACGACGACAACAUGUUGCAGUUCAAGAUUUAUGAUGCCAACAAUAAGAGAUAUGAAGUUCCAGUACCACUAUUCCUCCCUAGUACUCCAACAAGUACAGAAGCAGGUCGACUCUAUGAAGUGACCAUUAAGAACAAUCCGUUUGGUAUUCAGAUUCAGCGCAAACGCACUGGAACAAUUAUUUGGGAUUCUCAGGUACCUGGCUUCACUUUUAGCGACAUGUUCAUUCAGAUUUCUACUCGUCUGCCAUCACAGUAUGUCUACGGCUUUGGUGAAACUGAACACACUACGUUUCGGCGUGAUAUGAACUGGCAGACCUGGGGAAUGUUCACCAAAGACCAGUCCCCUGGUUACAAACUCAAUUCCUAUGGUUUCCAUCCCUUUUACAUGGGCCUGGAAAAUGAUGGAAAUGCUCAUGGAGUCCUCUUGCUUACCAGUAAUGCAAUGGAUGUCACAUUCCAGCCAACCCCUGCUCUGACGUAUCGCACUAUUGGAGGAAUUCUGGACUUUUACAUGGUGUUGGGCCCAACGCCGGAGUUGGUUGUUCAGGAAUACACUGCACUGAUUGGACGACCGGUCAUGCCACCAUACUGGUCUUUGGGAUUCCAGUUAUGCCGUUAUGGAUACCAAAAUGACACCGAAGUCUCUGACCUCUAUGAGGCAAUGAAGGCAGCUCGGAUACCUUAUGAUGUACAGUAUACAGACAUUGAUUACAUGGAGCGGAAGUUAGACUUUACUCUCAGCCCAAACUUUGCAGGACUUCCUGCUCUGAUUAAUCGAAUAAAAGAAGAAGGAAUGAGAUUUAUCGCUAUUCUGGACCCACCUAUCUCUGGCAAUGAGACAAAUGCUUAUCCACCAUUCACAAGAGGUGUGCAGGAUGAUGUCUUCAUCAAGUGGCCUAACAGCCCUGAGAUUGUCUGGGCAAAGGUUUGGCCAGAUUAUCCUAAUGUAGUAGUUAAUGAGUCUGCAGAUUUAGAAACACAGAUCAAGCUGUACAGAGCUUAUGCAGCCUUCCCAGAUUUCUUCCGCAAUUCUACAGCACAGUGGUGGCAAAGAGAAAUAGUAGAAUUCCACACUAAUCCAAUAAUCCAGCGAAGAGUCUCCUCCCAAAAUCACUGCAAAAGAUCACCUUGCUUUCUAAAUAAUGUUGCCAUUCAGUCUUUGGCAGAAAAGGAAAAAGGGCUGGAUCUCGUGACCUUGUGCAUGGAAAGUCAACAGUUCCUGCCAGAUGGGACCCCUGUCAGGCACUAUGAUGUACAUAGUCUGUAUGGAUGGUCACAGGCACAACCGACCUACUUUGCUGUACGCAAUGCCACAGGGGAACGUGGAAUUGUUAUCACCCGAUCAACAUAUCCCUCUAGUGGACGAUGGGCAGGUCACUGGCUUGGUGAUAACUAUGCAAGAUGGGACCAGCUUGAAAAAUCUAUUAUUGGUAUAAUGGAGUUUGGCCUAUUUGGAAUUUCCUAUAUUGGAGCAGAUAUCUGUGGCUUCUUCAAUGAUACAACAUAUGAAAUGUGUGCCCGGUGGAUGCAGCUUGGAUCAUUUUACACCUAUUCUAGAAAUCAUAAUGUGAUAGGAACUCAGAGGCAAGAUCCUGUUUCCUUUGAUGAAAAGUUUGAAAAUAUUUCCAGAGAUAUACUCAAUACAAGAUACACGCUGUUACCUUAUCUCUACACUUUAAUGCAUGAAUCCCAUGUUCUUGGUAGCACUGUAACACGUCCUCUGCUUUUUGAGUUUGUGGAAGACAAAAAUACAUGGGAUGUAUACAAACAGUUUUUGUGGGGCCCAGCACUGCUGAUUAGCCCUGUAUUGGAUGAAGGAGCUACAGAAGUGAAUGCUUAUAUACCCAGUGCACGCUGGUAUGAUUAUUACACGGGAAAAUCUCUUGAAGUAAGGGGACAAUUCCAGACAUUGCCAGCACCUCUUGAGCAUAUCAAUCUUCAUAUCCGGGGCGGUUACAUCAUCCCCUGGCAAGAACCUGGUCUUAAUACUAAUCAAAGCCGACAAAACUUUAUGGGACUUACUGUUGCUUUGGAUGAUAACGAGGUCGCUCAAGGUCAGCUUUACUGGGAUGAUGGAGUAAGCAUUGACACAUAUGAAAAUGGUAAUUAUUUCUUAGCAACAUUUGCCGCAAACCAGAGUACCGUUAUUAUGAGUGUGGUGCAUAACAACUUCCUAACUAACGCAAAUCCAUUGAAAUUUGGCUAUAUGAACAUCUGGGGAAUAGGAAACCAACAGAUUACAGGUGUUACUGUCACUUAUGAUGGACAGACACAUACGAUUACUAACUUCACCAGUAACCAAGGAAAUCAGGUGCUACAAAUUGAUUUUACUGAGAAAAUAUUCAGCAUUGAAAAAUUUACACAACUUACAUGGACAACAAGCAAUUAACCAUCUGUGGACAAGAGGCAGUUUUAAAGCAUCUCCAGAGGCAUAUUUUCAUCAGCUAUUGUAUUUUGUUCAGCUAUACUAAUAGCAAAAAAACCAAAGAAAUGAAAAAGUUCUGUUGUGCAUACUACUGCACUAAGACAUGUAAUUUUGCCUGUGCCACUUAAUUCUGACAUGAUUAGUAGGGAUGUUUGCUUAGCUUGCACACAUGGGUAGGAGCCCAUUUUGAAACAUACAUGUCAUAUUAAUGAAAACACAUGUUAAGAAUUCUGAGAUCUUUUGCUGAGUAAUAAAGAGAGCUUAAUUUUUGCAGGUUAUUGAGGUGGAGAAAAAAGCCAGUGAAAUAUAAUAGUAUAAUUUAU